AAGGCACUGAGUGAUGGGACGGGGCUAAAUGCGAUUUUGACACUUGACUAUCGAGAUGAGUUCUCACGAAAGGAGGUGGAGGAAGAAGCGGCACUUGAAGUGAAGAAAAAAUUUGUGGUCGGCCAAGGGGUGAAGGGAGGGGCCGAUGCGUUAUCAUGGGUGGAAGUGGCCAAGGCUUGCAGUGUGCGGCAACGGCCAGCGGAGAGCGAUAGUUGGACUGUAAGUAUCGAGCCGGUCGCUCGGUGCCGAUGA